GUGCUCCCAGCCUGAGCUCUCUGGGCUCACAGGCUAGCGCAAGCGCACGGAAGAGACGGAGGCAGCUGGUUGGGGAGGGAGCGCAUGCGCGCGGGGCGACAAGGCGUCCGAGGCCCGGGUCUGAACGCUAGCAUGGAGGGCGAGAAGACGACGGCAAUGCUCUCGGGGUUCGUGUUUGGCUCCCUCGCUUUCCAGCAUCUUAACUCCAACGCCGACACGGAAGGUUUUCUCCUUGGGGAAGUGAAAGGUGAAGCCAAGAACAGCAUUACAGAUUCUCAGUUAAAUGAUGUUGAAGUUGUUUAUACAAUUGAGAUACAAAGAUACAUUCCAUGCUAUCAGCUUUUCAGCUUUUAUAACUCAAUAGGUGAAGUAAAUGAGCAGGCGCUGAAGAAAAUCAUUUCAUGCUGCAAAAAGAAUGUUAUUGGAUGGUACAAAUUCAGGCGUAAUUCAGAUCAAAUGAUGACAUUUCGAGAGAAGAUUCUUCACAAAAAUUUACAAAAAUGUCUUUCAAAUCAAGAACUUGUUUUUUUGUUACUAACACCAAGCAUAACCACAGAAAGCUUCUCUACUCAUAGGUUGGAUCAUGCAUUACAUAGACCUCAGGAAGGAGUUUUCCAUAAAGUGCCGUUAGUGGUCACCAACUUGGGAACAUCUGAGCUGCAGGGAUAUAAAACUAUGUCAGGUUCCUACAUAUCUACUGCCUUUGGCCGAACAGUCCGUGCACAUAGGUCAGAAUUUUUUAAUGAAGAUGGCACUUUAAAAGAGGUUCAGAAGAUAAAUGAACUGUAUACCACCUUACAGGAUGAAUUAAAGGAAAUAUGCACUCAAGUAUUAGACAGUGAGCAGUUAGUAGAAAAAUUAAUAAAGGAUAUAAAUCAUCUAAAAGAAGAACUUGCAAAAAGGAAGAGAGCAAAGGCUCUAGCAUCAGCAGUAAGAAGCCCUGACCUGGAACCAGAAGAGAAUGUUCUUCUCUGUCAAGCUUUAAGGAAAUUUUUCCCAACUUGUGAACUUCUUCAUUCCUGUGUUGUUUGUUUGAAAGGCAGGCAGGUUUCUAGAAACUCUUGUAACACUGACCAUAAACUUCAUCUGGUAAAUGAAUUAACUCUGAUGCUAGAAAGCCCUGAUUUUCCAGAAGAUGAUGAAACAAAAUGUGGAAUUAAGCGUAAAUCUCUUGACUUAGAGAGCCAAAGCCCAGUCAAGAAAGUACGAUUGUUAGAAAUUCAUAAUCAGUGUCUUAAAAGAGAUCAUGAAAACAGUCAACAGGAAAAAGAACUGACAAGCAGUACAGAAACGGAUGAAGAUGCUGAGAAAUUGAAGGAUGGUAUUGAAUAUCCAGAGUCGCCAACUUUCUGAUCUUUCAAACGAUUUUUGUGAUUGACCAGACUGAUCAAAAGGCCACAGAGUGGAAAACAUUCACAUACUUUAUAUGAAGCAAUACUUUGGAAAAUGAUUAUAACUUAAUAAGUUAUAUAUAAUAAUUUUCCAAAGUAUUGCUUCAUAUAAAGUAUUUUGGAAAUUUAGGAAUGUGAUAAGUUUUAUUAUAGUACUCUAGGAGUAAAUAAAAAACUACUAGUCUUUUUCCAAGUUGUUUCUUAGUGUUUGUAAAUAAAAACUUUUAUGGAAACUGUUAAUCCACUUUGUAGAUAAAAUAUUUCAUUAAAAAAAAUUCUAAAACCUGAAGCUUUUAAAAAUUUGGUGUAAGAAAUAAAGGCCAAUUUAGUGAAAUUUCAUAUUUAACUCAAGUUUUCACUGCAUACAUUUUCAUGUGCUUAAAUCAGCUUUCAGAUUGGUCAUUCCUAAAGUCUACAAUAGUCCCCAAUGAAGAAGUUUGCUUCUGUGUCUCUUCGUAUGUUUUUUUCUCUCACUAGAAAUUAAAGUUCUUUAGUGUCAAAAA